CGAGAGCCAGAAAGGAAGGAAGGAGAGAGAGAGAGAGAGAGUCUUGAUCGAUCCAUCAAUCGAUCAAUAUCGGAAGAAGCAGAGUAUCACAUAUAGGAGAAGAGAGAGAUACAGAUAUAUAUAUAUAUAGAGAGAGAGAGAGAGAGAGAAUGGGGGAACAGGAGGAAGCAGGGAAGAAGAAGAAGAGGGAGGUGGUGGUGGAAUCGCUAGGAUGGCUAACGGAGUCAACAAUCAUGCCCAAGAAACACCGCUCAAUAGCCGGAGUCGGACCUUCCUCCAUCUUCGAACUCAAAGCCCAGCUCUACAAGUCCCAAGAAGACUCCAAGCGCUCCAAAGAACAACUCUCCUCCGAUCACCUCGAGUACCAGCGCGCCAAGAAGAAGAUCACUUCUCGCGAUCCUCUCUCUCUCAAGAACUCCGGCGUCGAAGCCCGUGCUCUCAAGGACAAGCUUGAGCUAAAAGCAGUCAAUGAUGGAUCAGUCAGCUAUGCGGCAUUAGAGAAAAAGGCUGCAUUAUAUGAAAAGCUAGCAAAAGGAGAGCUUUCAGAUGAAGAAGAUAAAGAGAAGUAUUGUGUUGAUUUUUUCAGUAAGAGCCUCGUGCAGGAUGAAUCACAGCAGCCUCGGGGUCAUGAUCCUUCUACUGCAGAAUCUCGAGACGAUGAGGAUGGUGAAAAUGAGGCUUCAGAGCUGCUUAAUACAAAACCAGUGGGGCUUGGCCGGGCAGCUAUGACUGCAGACAAUGAUGAGCAUAAGCGUUUUGUAAGGGAAGUUCAUGAAGAAGCAAAUCAAGCAAGGGAAAAAGUGUCUGAGCUCAAAUUACGCAGGCAAGAACAGGCUGCAGCGCGUCGGGAGAAACUGAAGCAGGCCUAUCUCCGGAAGCAGCUGGAGAAAUUGAAAGCUGCAUCUAAAACAUAACAGACAUGACCAAUCAAUGGCAAUAUUCAUCAUCUUUUGUAAGAAUACUGUGACUUUACCAUCUCAACCAUGUGAUGAUCUCCUGUGUUCUCAUCUCCUUAUAACUCAUGCGUCCCAUGGUGACAACUAGUACUUAAAGAUUCACUUCAUCCGACUUGGUUUUUGUUCUCCAUAGUAUAUUUUUCAUCGUUUACUUCUGUACAGAGGGUUUGCGAUAGAACAAGUGAUUUCUGAUCACUGGAUAGUAUGCAUAGUCUGGAGUCGAAUCUGCAUUUGGGAAAAUUGUUAAUCAGUUGAUUGAAAUGCAGCCAAUUUCGGGGAACCAAAAUUCAGUGUAUAUUCAGGCUGCGACCCAUGCAUCAUAUCUGAUGUCAUUCUUAUCGGAGUGGGACUCAUAGUUAAUAUGCAAAGGAUUAUCCAGGCACGGUAUUACUGCGGGACUUGUUAGUUUUAUUCGUCAUUACAAUUGGAGAAUUGAGAAAUCAGGUGUAUCGAACUGCAAGGCCAACUCGGUAUUUACUUUCCAUCACUAACAAGGGGAGAGAGAGGUGUUAAAGGAACAAUGUUCUAAUGGCUACCCACAUCACUUGACAUUCACUUUCAUGGUGGUUUUUGUUUUUUUUAUUUUAUUUUGUGUUUUUCUCCCUAGCAUUGGAAAAUUUGUUGCUGUACCAUACUGUUUUAUUAUCAUCCAGUGUUUCCAUUAGAUUAAUUAAGAAAAAUACUUCAGUUUGUUCUUUAUUGAUGACUAGAAGUUCAUGGAUGUUUUGAGUUAUAUAGCUUUUUAUGUGGCCUUUCCCUUG